UUAUUACUCUCCUCGCCGGCUCCUCUGCCUCGUCCCCGCACCGUCAGUGUUUGCUCGCCUCUGCCUCCUCCGUCUGUGUCGUCCCGGCCGCCUUGGCUCCGCCGUGCCUCGUCUGUCUCUGCCUCCGCCUCGUGCCUCGUCUGCCUCUGCUUCCUCAGUGGCCAUCGUGUUGGCUCCUUUGCAGGCUCUGCUCUGCUCCUCUUCGAAGCUCUGCCUCCGCCGAAGCUCUUCCCUCUCUCGCCGGCGGCUUGCUCUGCAACGGUGCAACACGGCGACGACCCCAAGUUGGAAAAUCGUCUCUGACUCCGUUUCUGGCUUUCUGCUUCUGCUGUAGGUGUUUUCUUUUUCUUGAUUAAUCUCUGGACAAUUGAUUAUUCUGGGUCAACCGGUUCAUCCACUGACCCACCAGUUGAACCACUCCCAGAGCAAAACUGUCAUUUGCCGUAACUGAAAUAACGAAUUUCGUUUUUGCUUUCCAUGCCGCGUUACAAAGAUGAUUCCCCUGCCAUUCGUGUCUACACUGUUUGCGAUGAAUCUCGGUAUUUGAUUGUAAGGAAUGUUCCGUCGUUGGGCUGCGGAGAUGAUCUAAAACAAUUGUUUUCAUCCUAUGGAGAAGUAGAAGAGUGUAAGCCAAUGGAUGCGGAGGACUGUGAGCCAUUCACUGAUGUCUAUUGGAUCAAAUUCCGUCUUUUCAGCAAUGCCAGGUUUGCUAAAAGAAAAUUGGAUGAUUUUGUUUUCCUUGGGAAUCGACUGCAAGUUUCAUAUGCUCCCCAAUUUGAGACGCUCUCUGACACAAAGGAUAAGUUAGAGGGGAGAAGAAGAGAGGUUUUGGCACGACUAAACCCUAGAAGAUCCAAAGAGAUUGGAGCGCCCUCAAGCUCGAAAACUAUGAGCAAGAGUGAGGUAGUUGCUGUUUCCUCAAAUACCAGUUUCGUGUCGGCACAUUUGGAUCAUAAUGAAAGAGGCAGUUCACACGUUGGAAAUCUUCCAAUAACAACAGUCUCCUCUAAUCAGGAUUAUUUUCCUUCUGAUUCCAUGAAUCAAACAGUGAGACUUGUCCGGGAUAAGCUUGAUAAGAUUCAAGCCAGUGGGGAGCAUCCACAAGCUGGAUCUGCAUCCAAGAAAGCAAGAGUUGAUAACAGGAGGAGGAUUUAACAAUCGUAAAAUUGUUGGUGUUCCCGUGAUUUUAUUUGCCGUUGCCUUAAUCGAAUGAACUCCACUUAAGAUAUGAUUUCAACUCAAGUACACAUACUAGCUCAAUCCCAAAGUGUCUUGGCAAUUUUGAUUUCUUAUCUUCAAGUUUUCUUCCGCAAUUGGAAUCUGAGGCACUUAUUUAUAGCCACUCAAUCCUGCGAGGGUCAUCCAGAUAUAGUAUUAUACUGUAAAUGAAGAAGUGAAGAUUGGUAGUAGCUAGCAAGAACAACACCAAAUCAUCAGUCACCAUGCAAUUGUUUGGUGGGUGUGUUCUUUUCCAAGUCAAGCCAUCUUGUAAGAAAGCUUAUUAUUUGAAUUGUGGUCAAUGUGGUUUCAUCUGGAAUAGCAAUGAUGCAAGUUGCCAUAAGGAAAACACCUGUGACCAACCAAGCACUUUUGCCUAGUGCCUAUAAAGUAUAAACCAUUGUCUUUAACUUCGACACAGCUACUGGAAUAUUUACCAAUUUUCGUUGGCAA